AUGCAUACCUUCACAACUCUCCUGUUUAUCUUAUCAUUACUAACACUAGCAACCGCUUAUAUUCAUGGCCGCCACGCCAGACACACCAAACGGCCGCAAAACCAAUUAGAACUACCGUAUGAGCUAGAAACUGGAAACUUCGGCCCAUUCCAUCGUCAAACUCGCUAUGACCGACGAUGCUUCUUCACGCCGGUAAACUGUGUCGUAUACUUUAAAGAUGGCAUGCCGGGUGAUGAUUUAGUGAAGAAUGCUGACUUUGGCGUGAAUUCAAGGCCAGAUGAACUGAAAAAGAGGCGAAGAAGUUUUAGAAGGAGGUUUAGACAAUGA